AUGGCGGAGAGGCGGUCCGGCUACAGGGACUGGGACAGGGACAGGGCGGCGUCCGAGGCCGGCAGGUACUGGAGGCCGCCGCGUUCCCAGGCUCACGGUGGUGGAAAUGUCUCUGUUCCACUAUGGGAGAAGAAAUUUUGCACCGAUGCUUGUUCUAUCCCCUGGGGUAAGCUAUGCGAAGCCAAGAAAUUGAUGUCAUUGUACACAAACAUUGUUGACUGGGAUGAUUCGGCUGCAUUCGAGGCUUUCAAAGAUGCAAAGGACCGUUUCUGUGCUGCAUAUCAUGGUCAACCUUGUUACAUCCCAUUGCCUGACCCAGACAUGUACAUUGAUAUGGUCAACCCAGAUGAAUAUAUCGAUCCUGAGUUGGUUGCUGAUCUGGAGAGGUCACGGCGUCGUGCUCCCAGAAGGGACAGCACCGCCCCAAAUGGCUGGGACUCCUUCAUCUUCGCAGACAAGCCAGUUCCGGCCACAGGAUGGGGUGAUGGGGAAACAACCAACACCAUUGGCCAACAAUGCUCUGUAAACUGGGAUAAUCAUGUGGAACAGCUCGUUGAAGCAAAUUGCAAGCAAAGCUCGGUGAACUGGGACAGUUACGUCAGUCAGCCUGCUGAAACAUUUGUUCAGCAAAGCUCAGGAAACUGGGACGCGUAUGUGGAACAGCAAGGUCAGACAAGCGGCUGGGGGGCGCCGAUCAUUCCCUGCACAUCCAAUUGGGGCAUGAAUGGUGACCCGUGGAACCAUGACUAUGGCUGGGGCUCUUCAGCUAUUCAGACAGAUUCAUGGGGCGACCAGAAAGAUAGCUACUAUGUGCCUGACAGCCAGGCUCAGGGCAGCUCAGACGGGCACUGGAGAAGGCGAAACAGCCAGUCGGGCAGGCGGAACAGCAGGAACAGAGACAGAGGGGGUCCCAUCAGCUCAAAGGCCAUGAAAUCCAAGUAUCAGGCGGACGAGCACGGCGGCGCGAAUAACGGGUGGAGGCACUGCCGGGUGAGAGAUAACAUGCAGUACUCUUAUGAGCAGCCUGGUUAUGCUGCCAACCAGUCACUAGCAAUGUGA